CAUUUCUUAAGCACUUCACUCUCCUCCUCUCCCAUUUCUCUCUCUCUCUCACACACACCAUAUUCGCGAUAAAAGCCUCUGAGCUUUCCUCUCAAUUUCUCUGAUCUAAAAGAAACGAACAAAGAACACAGUUGGUUUUCUAUGGCUCUCGAAGCGAUGAACUCACCAUCUUCCUUCACCAGGAUCGAUACCAAAGAGGAUUUGAUGAACGACGCCGUUUUCAUGGAGCCGUGGCUUAAACGCAAACGCUCUAAACGUCAGCGUUCUCACAGCCCUUCUUCUUCUUCCUCUUCUCCGCCUCGAUCUCGUCCCAAAUCUGAUCUCACCGAGGAAGAGUACCUCGCUCUCUGUCUCCUCAUGCUCGCCAAAGACCAACCGUCUCAAACGCGAUUCCAACAGCCCCAGCCGCAAACGCCGCCGCCAGAAUCUAAGAGCCUUUCGUACAAGUGUAGCGUUUGUGGAAAAGCGUUCCCUUCCUACCAGGCUUUAGGCGGACACAAAGCUAGCCACCGGAUCAAACCACCAACCGUGAUCACCGCUAACGCCGAUGACUCAACGGCAGCUCCGACCCUCGUCGCCGGAGAAAAACAUCCGAUUUCCGCAUCGGGCAAGAUCCACGAGUGUUCAAUCUGUCAUAAAGUGUUCCCGACGGGUCAAGCUCUCGGCGGUCACAAACGCUGUCACUACGAAGGCAACCUCGGAAGCGGCGGUGGAGGAGGAAGCAAAUCAAUCAGCCACAGCGGAAGCGUGUCAAGCACGGUAUCGGAAGAAAGAAGCCACCGCGGGUUCAUCGAUCUUAACCUACCGGCGUUACCAGAGCUCAGCCUUCAUCACAACCCAAUCGCCGACGAUGAGAUCUUGAGUCCGUUGACCGGUAAAAAACCGCUUUUGUUGACCGAUCACGACCAAGUCAUCAAGAAAGAAGCUGAUUUAUCUUUAAGAAUCUAAUAUUCUUGUAAUUCGUUUAUAAAACAAAACAAAAAAACACCCAUAGUUUCUUUUUUUUUUUUAGUUUACAAUUUCUGAUUUGGAUUUGAAUAUUCGUAAAUUUGUUUUAGGGGAUUGAUACAAAAACAUUUGAUGAUUGAUUUGAUUACAAAAGUCAGAAAUUUUUUUAUUUUUA